AUGACCAAUCACCUCAGACCUCUGUUCAUAACAACAAACUUUGGGGGUGUUCCUAUUCCCAAAGUGAUGGUAGAUGAAGACACCACUUCUACCACUUACAAUGCGCUGCUUGGCAGAGACUGGAUCCACCAGAGUCUAUGUGUCUCUUCCACUCUACAUCAGCAAUUAGCCCUUUGGUAUGAAGAAGGUUUCAUGAAAAUAGUAGAGGCCGAUCCACGACCAUUUUUGCCUUUUGUCAUGUGUUUUGAGGCCAGGUAUUAUCAUGAUGAUCUUGGUCCUUUCACUUUCUUUGGAGUCAACCAAAACGGCCGCCCCCAUGGUGUCACGGCCCAGAGACUCAUUGAAGAUGGUCUAGCCAAUUCUCUCGGGGACUGGAAUAGACCUUUUGUUCUGAACCUCCAGAACUCUGAUGUUUAG